UGAUAAAAUAAAUAAAAACAAAUAAAAAUAUACGAUAGCUGCAAGGUGUGAAUGAUUGAGUUAGUGAACACUAAAAACUGGGCAUUAAAUAAUCAGCAUCUUUGAAUUUCUAAUUGUUUAGCUCCUUAAUUUAAUAUAAUAUAAUAAAUAAAUAAAUAAAAUGACUUGUGUUUAUAUUUUGUCUUUAAUACCGUUAUUACCCUCCAAAUUUCCCAAUUUCUACACCUCCAACAUACGCCCCACGAUUGUCGCUCGUUCACCGCAAUACCGCCGGAUAACUAAUCGGAAUUCGCCGGGAAUUGAAAUGUCCGGCACCGUUCCGAGGUCGGCAUCCGCUUUCCGACUUAACACCGAUGAUAGCGACUCAUUCUUGGGUUCUCGAACCGAUUUUGUGGCAGGUGCAGGAAAAGGCGAUACACUAACAACUGAGACAGAUCUAGAAGCUUCCUCCACUAGUAAAACUGCUCUUCGAAAGAACAGAUAUGGUACAUUGUUUGGGGUUGAUUUAUCCCCUGAUACUGUUGCUGUUGCGAUGGUAUACUUUGUUCAAGGUGUUUUAGGACUUGCAAGGUUGGCUGUCAGCUUUUAUUUAAAGGAUGAUUUGCAUCUGGAUCCUGCUGAGGCAGCUGUGAUUUCUGGUGUUUCUGCAUUUCCAUGGCUUGUCAAACCUCUCUAUGGUUUUAUUAGCGAUUCUAUCCCUCUUUUUGGUUAUCGGAGAAGGUCAUACCUAGUUUUAUCAGGGCUGCUUGGUGCACUCUCAUGGAGUCUGAUGGCUACUUCUGUUGACAGCAAAUAUAGUGCUGCUAUUUGCAUACUUCUUGGAUCUCUUUCUGUUGCUUUCUCGGAUGUUGUUGUAGAUUCAAUGGUUGUGGAGAGGGCACGUGGUGAGUCACAAAGCACUUCUGGAUCUCUUCAAUCUUUAUGUUGGGGCUCUUCUGCUUUUGGUGGAAUUGUGAGCUCCUACUUCAGUGGGUCUUUGCUGGAGGCAUAUGGAGUAAGGUUUGUUUUUGGUGUCACAGCAUUGCUUCCACUGAUGACAUCUGCUGUUGCUGUUCUUGUAAAAGAACAACCUAUGCCUGGUACAGCAAGAGGGCAAAAAAAUUCAUUUGCCAGGCCCGAGUUUUUGGAAAGUUCAAAAGAGAGCAUUAUUCAGCUGUGGGUUUCUGUACGACAGCCCAGUAUUUUUCUUCCAACUUUGUUUAUUUUCUUGUGGCAAGCAACUCCGCACUCUGACUCUGCUAUGUUCUACUUUAACACAAAUUCUCUUGGUUUUACCCCUGAGUUUUUAGGACGUGUCAAGCUCGUUACCUCCAUUGCGUCUCUGCUUGGUGUUGGACUUUAUAACGGAUUUCUGAAGAAUGUUCCUUUGCGGAAAAUAUUUCUUGCGACUACCAUUUUAGGUUCUGCUCUUGGAAUGACUCAGGUUUUCCUGGUUACCGGACUAAACCGGAAGUUUGGAAUAAGCGAUGAGUGGUUUGCAAUUGGUGAUUCAUUAAUUCUCACUGUUUUGAGUCAGGCUUCUUUCAUGCCCGUUCUUGUGCUAGCAGCAAGAUUAUGUCCUGAGGGGAUGGAGGCAACUCUUUUUGCAACUCUCAUGUCUAUAUCUAAUGGAGGGAGUGUUCUUGGGGGAUUGAUAGGUGCAGGCCUGACUCAAGUAUUUGGAAUUACCAAGGACAGAUUUGAUAACUUGGCAGUUUUGAUAAUCCUCUGCAAUCUUAGCUCAUUAUUGCCUCUGCCACUUCUUGGCCUUCUCCCUGGUGACAAUCCUGAUGUGAAUCUGAAGGAAGAUUCUGAAAUUGAGAUGAAAUCUAAUUAAUCCUGGUUUUUUGCCACUGGCCUUCCUUGGGGUUACCUGUCUUUUGCCAAAUUGUACCAAGUUUGGUUCUCAUUGCUUGCUUGCAAAUUCAAUAGACAUCACUUACACUUGCAGAUAGAGAGAGUUUUGUAUAUAGUAUGAUGCUAAAGUUGUCACCGACACCUUGAUUUAAACCAUUAUGAGUAUAGGUUUUAAUGACACAAGAUCAAAAUUCACUUCAAAACAUUGGAUUUUGUGGCGAAAGUGCCAUUUAAAGGACCUUGAAACUGUACUAUACAAUAUGCUCCGCAUUGACACAACAACGGUAGCUACCAACGACAAGGUAUCUGUCCCACCGGAACAUUCAUGGAUCAUGGGGUUACUUUGUAAGUUUUGUAGAGUACUUUCUCGCUUGUGUUUAAUCUUGUGGCCUUUUAAUUAGUUGUAAGGACUAAAGCUUUGUAUUUAAUAGCCAAUAAUCGUCUUUUGACAGUUGAAGCUGAGGUUUAGGCUUGUCUGUCGUAUUUCUACAAGCUUUUGUAAUUGUCAUUUAUAUAUUUUUUUUAAUCUAAAGCAGACAAUAGGUAACAUGUUUUUCUUUGA